UGAAAAAGCUCUACUCAAUUGGUCGUUUCUAUUGGGUUAACUGCUUGUCACUCAAAAGUAGUGCCUGUACUCUGAGCGAGAGAUAACAAACUGUGGAGGGGCUUCAGGAGAACGGACAAAGGGGUCGUUUCCUUACAAAUCUGAUGUAAAAUCAAAACUGCAGAAGACGUAAACAAAAAAAACACAGGAGAACCCGCCUCGAAUCGACAUACGGAUAUUCUAGGUCAUCUGGGUUUUCUCCCGGACUAUCCUAUCAGUUUGGAGUUGUGGUGUGGGAUGGAUGAAAUGCGGCCUACUAGCGGCGCGGCAGCCCACCUCGGGCUAGCGUCGCUGUUUCCCACUGGUCUGCAAGCUGUUUAUGGGGAAUGCAGGCGCUUGUAUCCCGACCAGGUCAACCCCUUGCAAGUUACAGCCAUCGUAAAGUACUGGUUAGGUGGGCCGGAUCCACUAGACUACAUCAGUAUGUACAGGAAUGUGGGCUGUGUGGCACAGGACGUCCAGGAGCACUGGCAUUACAUUAGUAUGGGACUCAGUGACCUGUACGGAGACAACAGAGUUCAUGAGUUCACAGGUACUGAUGGCCCCAGUGGGUUUGGCUUUGAGCUGACAUUCAGACUGAAGAGGGAGGCUGGGGAGACAGCGCCCCCUACCUGGCCGGCGGAGCUGAUGCAAGGGCUGGCCCGAUACGUCUUCCAGUCAGAAAACACGUUCUGCAGUGGUGAUCACAUCUCGUGGCACAGCCCCCUGGACAACAGCGAGUCGCGGAUCCAGCACAUGCUCCUGACCGACGACCCUCAGAUGCAGCCGGUGCUCACCCCCUUUGGGCAAGUCAGCUUCCUGCAGAUUGUGGGCGUGUGUACAGAGGAGCUGCAGGCAGCACAGCAGUGGAACGGCCAGGGCAUCUUAGACCUCUUACGAGGGGUACACUUGGCAGGGGGCCCAUGGCUGGUCACAGACAUGAGGAGAGGGGAGACGAUAUUUGAGAUCGACCCACACCUACAACAAGAGCGAGUGGAGAAGGGCAUCGAGACGGACGGCUCCAACCUGAGCGGCGUGAGCGCCAAGUGUGUGUGGGACGACCUGAGCCGGCCACCGGAGGACGAGGACGAUAGCCGCAGCAUCUGCAUCGGCUCGCAGCCCCGACGCCUCUCCGAUAAAGACACAGAGCAGAUCAGAGAAGCCUUGAGGAAAGGACUGGAGAUCAACAGCAAGGCUGUGCUCCCUCCAAUCGGUGUCCAGAGGCAGAACCACGAUCGACCCCAACAAUCACUGGGACAUUUGCAGACCCAGCAGGCUUCAAGAAGUCGUAAGGACAGCCUGGAGAGCGAGAGCUCGGCAGCCAUCGUCCCUCACGAACUGGUGCGUACACGGCAGCUGGAGAGCGUCCACCUCAAGUUCAAUCAAGAGUCCGGCACACUCCUCCCCCUCUGCCUCAGGGGUCGGCUGCUUCACGGAAGACACUUUACGUACAAGAGCAUAAAUGGAGACACGGCCAUCACCUUUGUGUCGACUGGCGUGGAGGGAGCCUUCGCCACAGAGGAGCACCCGUAUGCCGCGCACGGCCCCUGGCUACAGAUCCUACUCACAGAGGAGUUUGUUGAACAGAUGCUGGGAGAGCUACAGGAUUUGAGCUCUCGCGAGGAGACCAAGCUGCCCAAGGAGUACAGCUGGCCAGAGAAGAAGCUGAAGAUCUCGGUGCUGCCAGACUCUGCAUUUGAUAGUCCUCUGCAGUAGCCCCCUUCCUCCUUGUUGCCCUCGGGGCAUCUGCCCAUCAUCUCCUGAGGCCUCCUUACCCCCCCCGACCCCCUCCCACUCCCACUCCAAACCUGCCUGUGCCCCCUGGCUGUGGCUGCUUUGCAGCUGUUGGUAUUAGAAGGGGACAGGUUUCACAUAAGGGCUCUACAUCCCACACCCCUCCUCCACCCGCGCACACACACACACACACUCCUGCACACCCCUCAGCUGUUAUGCCUCUGGCUGCAUGAACAUUGCUGCAUUUUCAGAUUCAGGAGUGUGCAUCUUGUAGGAAGGGAUGUCUGUGCAAGAGGGGAUCCAUUCUAAUGCUGGACCGCCUGUAGAUUGGAGCAAUGAGUCAUUGCUUUAUCAAGGAAAGCAGACUCACAGGACCUAUCCCAAGUCUCAAGUUGAAAACACUACUUAACCAUCACAAUGUAUCAGAUGGCAUGGAACGUUUUUAAUGAAAGGUUUUUUUUCUAUGUGUGUCCGUGUUUGUAUGAGUGCCUUGUGUGUGUUGGGCAGAGGGGGGGGGUUUAAGAUUUUGUUUUAAACGAUUUAGGUUAUGUCAUGUUACUGUUCUAGACUGCAGUGUCCUACCCAGUCCUUGAGGUGCAAAACUGAAUCACUGAUUGGCCAGCCUCUGCAAUCUAAGAAGUGAAAUCCUGAAAUGGAAUUGAGUGCUUUUUAAAAAAUCUUUUGGCUCCCUGGUCACAUUCCACAUUGUAUAGGCCAGAGAGGUUUGUGAUGCAAGCAGUGUUCCUAAAUGUACUGACAGUAUUAGUGAAAAUCCAUUGCCAGGUUCUGUUUUCGUCCCCACUUCCUAUUGUUGCGUCAUGCCAAAAGUGUUCAAAGGCAGAACAAUUGCUCUGGUAUAUUUAAUAAAUGAUAACAGCAGAGCUAGGAUUGUGAUGCAGGUGGUAAAGUAAUGGUUACAGUAAUGGUUUUUAAUUGUAGAUGAUUGUCCAGAUUGUCAAAUCUUGUGCCUUUAAAACAUGGUUAAGAAAUUAAAUGACUUGUUUUUCCUACUUUUAUACAAUCAUGUAAUUGUGAUUCAUAACGCACCAGUUACCUUGACUGAAAAUGCUGUUCUGGGAGUAUAUAUUGUUAUGGUUAUGAUAUUCUGUUGCCACAGAGGCAGAAAAAAAGAAUCCUUUGUUUACAUAGAAGAAUCUUUCUUUGCAAGGAUCCUUAGCUGCUCCAACAGGAUUCCACUGGCAUGAGAGAACCAUAGUCCUCUGCACCCACAGACAUGUCAGACAUUAAAAGAAUACCUGAAUACCUAGCAUGCAAACAUGCUUCACUGUGUCAGUGUCCCAAAAUGGCGGUGGCCUAGCUGUUGAACCAAGUCUGACAUACAAAGGUUUCUGAAUUAUUUUGGUGCCUUCUUUAUAAUUGGAUAUGGGGGGAAAUAUUGCGUUAUUGUUCUUCUACCGUCAUACAUUACCAGUUCCCAUACGAGUUAUUCCAUCUACAUAGCUGUACCAAAGUCAGUAUUUGCCCAUUGCUAAUUAAUCUCCUAUUCCAUGACGCUUAUGAUAAUGUGAGGUAAGAAAUGCUUAAGUAAUGUUUCACGAGAAAUUCAUCAUUGUAUUUCACAACCCACAAUGCUUUGGUCUAAGACAAGAAGCAAAGGGCUUCUGGGCACAAUAUUCACUUAAUAUUCUUACAGGUUUUCUUUUUUUUUUUGGUGGCUUGAUGUAGGUAACAGUUUUGAGUUUGGGAUUUAUUUCCAACAGAAAAAUUAAGUAUACUGCUUUUUAUGUCAAAACACUAAAUUGUUUGUAAUCCUAAAGUGUAUUAUUUACAUAAAAUAAAAAGAAAACUAUGAAUUAAA